UUGCAAGGGGCUGGCAUUCCUCUCAUUUGAAGUCAGAAGGGUCAAAGGCUGCCAAGUUUUCCUUUGCCUCUAUGAGCCUGAGGCAGGUCCCUCUCUCAUACUGCCCAUUUGGCUUCAGAAGAGAGGACUGUAAACGUUUUCUGUGUCUCCUUCCUACGGACUAAAGCAAAAACAGAUUGGUGAUAAAUUGUAGAGAGGAAGACUGGCCAUAAAGGACUUGGAAACACUAGGGGCACACAAUGCCUCUGUUAAGAUUCCAGCUCCACCUUCCAGAGCGACAGUAGAUCAGUGGUUGGUAGAGGGUGGACAGCAGAAAGGGAGGAAUGUGGAGAGCUUGGAGAAUUUGGAAAGUGUGGGAGGCAGUGAGACUCUUGCCUGACACCGUGGUGGCGGGUGCCCAUCAUUAGACCCAUCAGGAUCCUCUGGAUGUACCGUCUGCUCUGGGUAAUAAUGAAUUAAUUGUCCCUGUGGCUCUGUUGUUACACAUGGAACGCGCUGGUGGGUGCUGAUUGAACAGGAGGCUGGAAGAAGUGGCAGGGGAUAUGGGACAGUGCUCUACACUUCCUGACCAAGAACCAUGAAGCUAGCAAAAAUGAGCCUGGUCUUCACCUGGGGAGCUGUUCUAUUGAUGCUACAGAUGGCAGGCACAGAACCUGCUCUGCGGACUCCUCAUGACAAAGCUGGGGUAUUUGCAGACCUGAGCGCCCAGGAGAUAAAGGCUGUGCACAGCUUCCUGAGGAACAGGAAGGAGCUGGGGCUCCAGCCAUCCAAGAAAGUGACUAUGGCCAAGAACUCAGUGUUUCUCAUUGAGCUCCUACUUCCCAAGAAGAAGCAUGUGCUGAACUUUUUGGAUAAAGGAGGUAAAAGCCCUGUUCGGGAAGCCAGGGCCAUCAUCUUCUUCGGUGCCCAGGAGCACCCCAAUGUCACUGAAUUUGCUGUGGGGCCCUUGCCAUUGCCGUACUACAUUCGAGAACUUUCCCCCAGGCCAGGGCACCAUCUGCCCUGGUCAUCCAGACCCAUCUCCGCGGCAGAGUACGACCUCCUCUUCCACAUGCUGGGGAGAGCCGUCACACCUCUGCAUCAGUUUUUCCUCGACACCACUGGCUUCUCAUUCCUGGGCUGUGAUGCCCGGUGUUUGACUUUUACUGAUGUGGCCCCCCGUGGUGUGGAGUCUGGUCAGCGUAGAAGCUGGCUUAUUGUACAGCGCUAUGUGGAAGGUUACUUCCUGCACCCCACGGGUCUGGAGAUCCUUGUGGAUCAUGGGAGCACAGACGACCAGGACUGGAGAAUAGAGAAGCUCUGGUAUAAUGGGAAGUUCUAUGACAGCCCAGAGGAACUGGCUCAGAAAUAUGCAAAAGGAGAAGUGGACACCGUGGUCCUCGAGGACCCGUUGCCUGAUGGCACAGAGCAGCCCCCACUCUUCUCUUCCUACAAGCCCCGAGGGGAGUUUCCCAUGCCCAUCAAUGUCUCUGGCCCCCACAUUGUACAGCCCAAUGGCCCCCGGUACAAGCUGGAGGGCCACACCGUGAUCUAUGGAGGCUGGAGCUUCUCCUACCGGCUAAGAACCUCUUCUGGGCUGCAGAUCUUUAAUGUUCUCUUUGGAGGUGAGCGUAUCGCCUACGAGGUCAGCGUGCAAGAGGCUGUGGCACUGUAUGGAGGACACACACCUGCGGGCAUGCAGACUAAAUAUAUUGACAUUGGCUGGGGCCUGGGCAGUGUCACUCAUGAGUUGGCCCCCGGCAUUGACUGUCCGGAGACUGCUACUUUCCUGGAUGCCUUCCACUAUUAUGACAGUGAUGGCCCUGUCCGUUAUCCACAUGCUCUCUGCCUCUUUGAGAUGCCCACAGGGGUGCCCCUCAGGCGCCACUUUAACUCAAACUUUAAAGGUGGCUUCAACUUCUACGCGGGUUUGAAGGGGUAUGCGCUGGUGCUGCGGACAACAUCGACAGUCUACAAUUAUGAUUAUAUCUGGGAUUUCAUCUUCUACCCUAACGGUGUAAUGGAGACCAAGAUGCAUGCCACUGGCUAUGUCCAUGCAACCUUCUACACCCCUGAGGGGCUGCGCCAUGGCACUCGCUUACAAACCCACCUGCUUGGCAACAUCCACACCCACCUCGUGCACUACCGUGUUGACCUGGAUGUGGCAGGCACCAAGAACAGCUUCCAGACGCUGAAGACAAAGCUGGAAAACAUCACCAAUCCCUGGAGCCCGAGUCACUCCGUGGUCCAACCCACACUCGAGCAGACCCAGUACUCCCGGGAGCGCCAGGCUUCAUUCCGCUUUGGACAGACUCUGCCCAAGUACCUGCUCUUUAGCAGCCCCCAAAAGAACCGUUGGGGCCACAGGCGUAGCUACCGCCUGCAGAUCCACUCUAUGGCUGAGCAGGUGCUGCCACCAGGCUUGCGGGAGGAGCGGGCUGUCACUUGGGCCAGAUACCCCCUGGCUGUGACAAAGUAUCGGGAGUCAGAGCGCUACAGCAGCAGCCUCUACAACCAGAAUGACCCCUGGGAUCCCCCCGUGGUCUUUGAGGAGUUCCUUCAGAACAAUGAGAACAUUGAAGAGGAGGAUUUGGUGGCCUGGGUGACACUGGGCUUCCUGCACAUCCCCCACUCAGAGGAUGUCCCCAACACAGCCACACCUGGGAAUUCUGUGGGCCUCUUGAUCCGACCCUUCAACUUCUUCCCAGAAGACCCGUCCCUGGCAUCUAGAGACACUGUGAUAGUGUGGCCCCAGAACAAAGGCCGCAACCAUGUCGAGCGCUGGGUUCCUGAGGACAGAGACUGCUUGAUGGCUCCUCCUUUCCACUACAAUGGGACCUACAAGCCUGUGUAAAGAAUCUGGUCCCAGCCUCUGCAGAAUAGACCCGGAGCCCCAAGGGACGGGCGGGAAAUCCUUCCGUUUCUACCCUGUAUGCUGUUUUUUAGCAGCAGGGGGAGGGCUGGCCGUGGUCUCUAUUCAGGUUUCAAUAUUGCACCUGCCAGUGAAUUCCAUGAUCAAUGCAAAGGAAGAAUGCUGAAAUUCUCUAGCAGGUGGGUUGUGGCUUUUUGUUUUUGUUUUUAACAUUUGAGGCUCUUAUCUUCCUAUCAGAAGGCUUCAGGGAAAUUGUCUUACUUUAGUGAAGGACAUGCAUAAGGAAAUUGUUAUUUGGAAAUCUAAUAAAAUGACACCUUCACCCUUUA